AUGGCCCAACCCGAACCAAUCACACUCUACACAUCUGCCACUCCCAAUGGCUUUAAAAUCUCCAUCACCCUCGAAGAACUAGGUCUAUCAUAUAAAGCACGACCCGUGGAUCUCCCAUCCCAGGAGCAGAAAGAAGAAUGGUUCUUGAAAAUCAACCCCAACGGACGUCUCCCCGCAAUCACCGAUGGAGAAACGCGAGUUUUCGAAAGCGGCGCAAUCAUGCUCUACAUAGUCGAGAAGUAUGAUACCGAGCGCAAGAUCAGCUACGCACCUGGAGAUACCCCAGGGUAUUCAGACCAGCUAAGUUGGUUGAUGUGGCAGAUGGGAGGUCUAGGUCCCAUGCAAGGCCAAGCUCACCACUUCACCGGGUUCGCCCCCGUUCGUUCCGACUGGGGCAUCCAGCGCUAUAUCGACGAAACCAAGCGGCUCUACGCGACCCUGAACACCCGUCUCACAGAAUCGCCCUAUGUCGCGGGCGAAAAGUUCACCAUCGCGGAUAUCGCCAGUUUCUGCUGGGUGCGGGCGUCGCCGAAUAUGCUAGGUUUCGAUCUUGAUGAUUGGCCGGCGAUUCGGGAAUGGUAUGAUUCGAUCUUGGCGAGGGAGACCGUGAAGAAGGCCCUGAAAGUGCCAGUGCCAACGAUGACGGAGGAUCAGUUUGCGGUGAUUGUAGCAGGGAAGAGGAAGGAGAUGCUGGAGAGAAGUAACGCGGAUUUGAAUUAG